UCCGGGAAGUGACGUCAUUUCUCCGCGGACAGCUGACCGUGGGCGCCGUGGUCGGAAUCAGCCUCGUCGAUUCCGAGGGUACGUGCAGAACGCGGGGUUACUCUCUCGCAUUGCUGCAACGAAGACGGGGGAUCAUGUCGCACCGGGAGAGAGCAGCGUCGGCGUGGUUCGUCGUGCAAGCUAUGCUAGCCGUGGCGUUCUGCUUCAGCGACACGGACACGGGGCCUAGCGCGGGCUUGUCGACACAGACGAACGGGGAUCGGUUUAAAAUCGAGGGGAGGGCGAUAGUCCCAGGCGUCAAGACGCAAGACUGGGUCUGGACCGCAAGAGUCCUCGUGGAAGGUGAAGAAUACGUGGGCUUUUUAAGAACUGAUGGGGGUUUUGCUGUGAAUGAUGUUCCUCCAGGAUCUUACGUUGUGGAAAUCGUAACACCUGCAUAUAAAUUUGAACCAGUACGUGUUGAUAUCACAUCCAAAGGGAAAAUGAGGGCACGUCUUGUGAAUUACAUCAAGACUUCUGAGGUGAUUCGACAGCCGUACCCGCUCCAGGUUCGCUCAACCGGACCGCACACCUACUUCAUGAAGAGGGAGACCUGGGGCUGGACGGACUUCCUGAUGAAUCCCAUGGUUAUGAUGAUGGUUCUUCCACUGCUGAUCAUCGUCCUGUUGCCCAAGGUUGUCAACACCAAUGACCCAGAGAUGAGGAAGGAAAUGGAGCAGUCCAUGAACAUGCUGAAUCCCAACCCGGAGCUGCCAGACGUGUCGGAGUUCAUGACCAAGCUCUUCUCAGGCUCCAAGGGCUCCAGUAAGCCGGGCGGCAGCAGCAAAGGGACCAGGCCAGCGGUCAAGCGGAGGUAGUACCAUAACACAUGCCCCGGUUCUGCUCAGAGAAGCAAGGGUGAUGCCACGCAAGGAAAGUUUUAGAUUUUUUUUUUUUUCAUGAGUCUGUUGUACAGUUUCUUUUCUAAGAGGGUUAUUUUUCUUUCUGAGUAAACCUACGUCUAAUGAAAUUGAAGUUUUUUGUUUUGUUUUUGUUUUUUUUUUGCACUGCACUGUAAAAUCUCCCUUAAUCCCCUCAUCUAAGACAGAGACGCUGUGUGUGUGACGGAUCCAUUGUAGCUGUGACUGUUCUGCCGGUCUAACAUUUAUCUUGUAACUUUCUGGCCGCAUUCUUCACUGCUGCUGCCUCUCAGAAUCUCAGCGUAAGAUCGAACUCUGCUACCUGAAACAGAACUUAUAUCAAUAUCCAGAGAUUUUUAAUUUUGAGCUAGUACGACUGUGAAUGACAAUGAAUUGAAUUUUAAUGAUGAUAUAAAACAGACUUAUUUAAAAUGCUCCAUAAAUAAAGUGAGAUGGUACAA